GCCAAAGUAGCAGAACAUUUAUACUCAGAAUUAAGGUUUAUGUUGAAGACAAUAAAAGCUGAAAAAGAACUAAUAUGUCUUCAACUACUGCCAGCGUAUCCUUUGCAUCAACAUGGAAUGGAACAAUCGGUAAUACAACGACUUGGACUGUAAAUUACACAGACGUUACCAACUACUUCACAGACACUACAAUAAGCAUAGAAACUUCCACAGCUCCAACAACAGAUAAUAUGAUACCGAUGCCAAUUAUCGGAAACACAGAAGAUUUGAUCAUUUUUGCAUCAACAAUAACCGGGGUCCUGUUUCUUGCAAUGUUAGCUGCUUUCAUUGGGUGGAUUUGUGACCAAGUUGGUGCGUUUGGUGACCCAAUUGGUAAUAAACUCCGAAAAACAUUGAACAAGAAGACAUCAACACUACAAUUUCCGAGAGUAAAUAUGGUACCAAGAGCAAACGGAGAUACUGGCGUACCACAAUGGAUGGCCCAGGCACAUCAUGAUGUACAUAUGAACGAUGGUGCGGACAAUCAGGCAUAUGAAGACAUACCUGCUCAUGUAUUAGCUCAACAUCACGCAGCGGAACAAUUAGAUCAGACAAUUCAGGAGAUUGACGAAGACGAUGAAUUUAGUGAUGAAAACGAGUAUGAUGACAUUGGAAAUCAUGAGAUCCACAGAAUUAGACCAUCACAAAUUAAAGCCAUGGAGAGAAAGAAAAGUCAGCGAUAUCGAAAUCGUAAUGCUCAAGUUGGAAAUACGUCGAGUCCAGCAAUACGCAAUCAAUAUCUCAGUCCCCCUAAUACUGGAAUGUAUGAGACAUCGAUGAUAGGAAGUGCAGAUUCAGCAUAUUCUACUGAAAUCGUUCCAACCAUUCCACCAAGAGAUUGAAAGAAAGCAAUACACUAUACAUAUGUUUUGAAUAUAUUAAAAGCCAUGAAUGUAGAUGUAUAUAUACAAAAUUUGUGCCAAUGCGCUAUUGUAAAGGAUAAACAUUGUAUAUAUCGAAUUGGAAAUACUGUAAUGUGUAGAUAUUUACCAAAAAAAUUGAUUAUAUUUAUAAAUCUUAUCGAUGAAUCGAUAUCGAUUUUCAAUUCGGAGAGACAUUGUUUGCCAUUGCUGUAAAAUCUACAAUUUCUCAAUUUACAGUUCAAAAUAUCGUUCAGUGAAUUUACAAAUAUUUAAUCUUGUUUGAGACUGUAUAUUGUUCAUAGAUUUUUUGGUUUUACAUCGGUUUAUUGAAUCUUAAAUUAUAUGCUUGUUCUUAUUUUGUCAUAUAAUCAUUAUUCGUGUGCAUUUUACUGUUUGAUUAGUACUACAGAUGGCUUGCUGCUUUUAGUAUACUUGUAACACUGUAUACUUUUUGAAAUCGCACUAAAUUUGGUCUUUAUUUGUAUACAUUUUGCAUGUAUAGUAUACCUAGAAGUUACGUCACAGGUUACAUUGCUUAUAAAAUACAAUACGACGCAUCUAAAACAUCAUUUCCUGAUGCGCGUGCGUCGCUUACAACUACUAUUCAAUGCAAAUGUAAAUUUGGAAACGUCGUGAUUCAUUGGAACAUUUUCUUGAGCAAAUAUAUAGACUUAUCAUGACUAAAAAGUGUGAUAGAAAUUGUUGGUUAUAUUAUAUUCAACAAAGUACGGAUAGUUGAUAAGAAGCACAAUCCUUUUAUAGAAAUAGCAACUUUGUAACUUAUUGCGCAGACUUAGUUCUUAAUAAAGCAGUAAACUAAGUAGUAAUUAGAAAUUUUCAGUCAGGUUUUACUAUAAAACGUAAUAUGGAAAACAUGAAUUCAUUUUGCUAGCAUGAUACAAUUUUAAAUAGAAUGAAAGUAUGACGCGAUGACAGUUGGCAUAAAACGAUUUUUGACGCAUUUGAACAAUCGACUUUAAAAUCAAGAACAACAGACUAUACCUCGCUAUAUAGAAAGCUUAUCUAAAAGCAUGAUUAAUAUUAAAUGAUAAAGUACCUUAGAUACUUUAGAACAAAUCAUUAGAAGUGUAGAUUGAAUUGUUAGGGUAACUUUGUACACCGACAAUACGUGAGCACUUUUUCAGAAGUAACAGAAGCAAUGUCAUCAGAAUGUUUAUUGUCGAUAAAAUAUACUAUGUAUAUAGCUUAUUCUUUAGUUCAAUCAGCAUUAAAAACGGAAAUGUAUUGAACAUGUUUCACAAGUUAGUGCUAGAUUCAGCAGUCACAGUUUUAUUUUAACAUGCCGUGAAUAAAACUAAUCUAAUAUCGUAGAUGGGAACACGUUAAGACUUUUUCAAUUUACUUUUAAUUUACGUAGUUAUAGUAGAAUAUCGCCAAUCAAAAAAUUUGCACAACGUUUGUCUUUUCUUUUAUUUGAAUAGCACGAAUUUUGAUUGUGAUCACUUGGUUAUACGGUUGCUACUAUCUAUUGGUAUUCGAUCGAAGAGUGUACAA